UAGGAAAUAGAAAAUUCAAAUCAUUCGCUAGGUUUAUUUUCGUAUUGCACGGCAAAUCUGGGUGAAGAUGCCAUCUAAUAAAACUGUACAGCGCACCAAAAAAGUGCUCUCCUUACGUAAGGAAUCACAAACGUUCCAAGAAAAGUUUUCUACCGGUUAUAUUAAUUUUACACUCGUCAAAUCGUUGAUUUUCGAACCGUCUCGUCUGCCGCUUGUUUCAUUGGUCGUGUUGACCGCCGAACUUGUUCUGAAUGUAUUUAUUGUGCAAAAUGUGCAUUACACUGAGAUUGAUUGGAUGGCAUAUAUGCAGGAGUGCGAGGGCUUUAUCAAUGGAACUACCAACUAUUCGCUGCUUACGGGUGACACAGGUCCACUGGUUUAUCCGGCGGGGUUUGUGUAUAUUUACAGCGCACUGUACUUUCUUACAUCGCGAGGAAGCAAUAUCCGUUUGGCGCAGUACAUCUUCAUCGGUAUCUACUUGCUUCAACUGACGCUAGUACUGCGACUGUACUGCAAAAGUCGCAAAAUUCCACCAUACGUAAUGGUAGUUACGAUAUUCACUUCGUACCGUAUCCACUCCAUCUACGUUCUACGACUAUUCAACGAUCCAAUCGCAGUGUUGCUGUUAUACGCUGCUUUAAAUCUGUACAUUGACGGACGAUGGACCCUUGGUAGCGUUAUGUUCAGCUUGGGCGUGUCGGUGAAGAUGAACAUUCUGUUAUUCGCUCCUGCUGUUCUACUGAUGUUUAUCACAAAUCUUGGAUGGUUUAGAACGUUUAUUCAGUUAACUGUUUGUAGUUGCAUCCAGAUACUGCUGGGUUUGCCAUUUUUGGUGACCUAUCCCUGGCAGUACAUCAAAGGAAGUUUUGAUUUUGCACGAGUUUUUGAGCAUAAAUGGACAGUAAACUAUAGAUUUCUUGAGCCGGUGAUUUUCGAGAGCAAAAUGUUUCAUUUAGGUUUACUAGCGCUUCAUCUGGCACUACUUGUAAUUUUUGCAUCACCUUGCCACAAGUAUUUCCAAAACUACUGUCGUUUGCGUAAUCUUGAGAUGGUGCUAGCACCGCAGAUUGCAACACAAAAUCAGAUAGAGAAAGAGAAAUGUAGUGGAAAAGAAAAACGGUCCUUAUUGAACCGGAAACGUAUAACUAACUCUGCCCAAAAAGAGAACACUGGCCUUGCCCAAAAGCUAUCCGAAGAAGAACAACAAUUUUUGAAGUCGUUCGAGAAGACCAUUAAACAAACAUCUGAUUUGGAGGAUGAAAAGCACUUGGAGCAAACAAGAGCAAGAGCACCGAACAUGUUUUCAAUUCACUUUGAUCGCUGCAGUCAAUUGGCAUUGUUGCCACUUUUUCUUUCAAACUUCAUCGGCAUUGUUUGCGCUCGCAGUCUACACUAUCAGUUUUAUGUAUGGUACUUCCAUAGCUUGCCGUAUCUUAUGUGGUAUACAGAAUACGAGAACAGUUUCAAGUUUCUAAUACUGUUGCUGAUAGAGUUCUGCUGGAAUACCUAUCCUAGCACGGUAUUGAGCAGCCUUACUUUGCAUGUUUGCCAUGUAGUGCUGCUUGUCGGUAUUGGCAAGAAAAUGUUUCGUCGCAUUCCAGAUCUAGGACAAUUCGAUAGGGUGAAGUAAAUGACAGCUAUUGCGAACAAACAAACUUAUAAAACUUCGUUUAUACUUGGUUUUUUACUUUUGCUGAACACUGUUUGAAUAAUGAAUUAAAAUAAACGAAACGA